GAGCAAAGAUCCUUCUCAAAACACCGAAAAACAGUCACGAGGAAACUUCUGUUUGCGCUCAUUUGCAUUAAGUGCGACUGUUUACGGAGCUCAUUGGCAGUUCCGGGAGCGAAAGCCCCGCCACCUCUCCCAGCUGCGCGUCUGGAUUGGAUGCCCCGGUUGCCUGUCACCGAGACAUCAGCAGAGGCACGAGUUCGCCCUGCUCUCGCUGAAGUGUGAUCAGUUUCAGCCGCGUAGCGGGACUCAGCGAGACCUGAUGCACAAGUCAAGGCGACGCGCAGCGGACAUGAAGCCGGAUUGGCUCUGAUUUUUAAAAGCCCUUUCAUUCAAGAGGCUGUCCGUUAUCAACAUGGCAGAACCGUCGGUUCCAGUACCCCCUCAAAAAAUGGCGUCACUUAGCCGGGUCCGAGCCUUUACUCUGAUUUUCUUAACUGCAAGCAGUUAUUUAAUUACUCCUACAAGUGGCAAGGAAGGAGGGGGAGAGGAGACGGUCAUCAUCGGGCUGAGACUGGAGGACACGGACGACAUUUCCUUCAUGGACAGGGGCUAUCUGCGCAUCAGUGAGAGGUCUCGGGUGAGAUUGAGGGUGUACGGGCAAAACAUUAACAACGAGACUUGGUCCAAAAUCGCCUUUACGGAACACGAGAGGAGUCGAGUGAUCGGCAACAUCGACAGCUCCUCUGGGGACAACAAGAGUCAGGAGGACACGUCGGGCUUGCACCCCUGUGGCAUCAGGACUUCAGAUAUUCUCAUCUUGCCUAAUAUCAUUUUAAAUCGCAAGACGUCUGGCAUCGUGGAAAUCGAGGUCAAACCUCUGCGAAAGACUGAGAGGAGCAAAGCGUACUUCCUGUGCAUCGCCACUUCCACACCUGCUGCGUCGGGCGCGCACGACCCGUGGACGGAGAACACGUGGAUCUAUCACGAUGGAGAGGACACCAAAGUGAUCGUGGUGGAGGAGAAAAGGUUUCUGCUCCCUUUCUGGCUCCAGGUCAUCUUCAUUUCCAUGUUGCUGUGCCUCUCGGGCAUGUUCAGCGGCUUGAACUUGGGUCUGAUGGCGCUGGAUCCCAUGGAGCUGCAGAUCGUCCAGAACUGCGGGACGGAGAAGGAGAAGACCUACGCAAGGAAGAUCGAGCCCGUCAGGAGCCAAGGAAACUACCUGCUUUGCUCGCUUCUUCUGGGGAAUGUUCUGGUCAACACCACCUUGACCAUUCUGUUGGAUGAUAUCGCCGGUUCUGGAUUGAUAGCUGUAGUGAUGUCCACCAUUGGCAUUGUCAUAUUUGGAGAGAUUGUGCCUCAAGCGAUAUGUUCACGACACGGUCUUGCUGUGGGUGCGAAUACAAUCUUCUUGACCAAAUUCUUCAUGCUGCUCACUUUCCCUGCGUCCUAUCCGGUAAGUAAACUGCUCGAUUAUCUCCUCGGACAGGAGAUUGGCACGGUGUACAACCGAGAGAAGCUCUUGGAGAUGUUGAGGGUCACGGAUCCCUAUAAUGACUUGGUGAAAGAGGAGCUGAACAUCAUUCAGGGCGCGCUGGAGCUCAGGACUAAGACCGUGGAAGAUGUGAUGACCCCUUUGCGCGAUUGCUUCAUGAUCACCGGCGACGCCAUGCUCGAUUUCAACAGCAUGAGCGAGAUCAUGGAGAGCGGCUAUACGCGCAUUCCGGUAUUCGAGGGCGACAGGUCCAACAUCGUGGACCUGCUGUUCGUGAAGGACCUUGCGUUUGUGGAUCCCGACGACUGUACCCCGCUGAAGACGAUAACGAAGUUCUACAGCCAUCCCUUACAUUUCGUCUUCAACGACACUAAACUCGACGCAAUGCUGGAGGAGUUCAAGAAAGGUAAAUCUCACCUGGCAAUAGUCCAUCGUGUUAACAACGAAGGAGAAGGCGACCCAUUCUAUGAAGUGCUUGGCAUUGUCACCCUGGAGGAUGUCAUUGAAGAAAUCAUCAAGUCUGAAAUCCUGGAUGAGACAGACUUAUAUACCGAUAACAAAUCAAAAAAGAAAAUCACGCAUCGAGAGAGGAAGCAGGAUUUCUCAGCUUUCAAGCACAUGGACAAUGAGAUGAAGGUUAAAAUAUCACCUCAGCUUCUACUGGCUACUCUGCGUUUCCUAGCAACAGAAGUAGAAGCAUUUAGUCCAAGCCAGAUGUCCGAAAAGAUCCUUCUACGUCUCCUCAAGCACCCCAACGUCAUCCAGGAGCUCAAAUAUAAUGAGAAGAAUAAGAAGGCCAUCGAACAUUACCUCUUCCAUCGCAACAAGCCCGUGGACUAUUUCAUCCUCAUUCUGCAGGGGAAGGUGGAGGUGGAGGCAGGGAAGGAGGGAAUGAAGUUUGAAGCUGGGGCUUUCUCCUCGUAUGGGAUGAUGGCUCUCACCGCUACUCCAGUUCCUUUCUCCCUGUCUCGUACCUUUGUGGUCAGUAGGGCCCAGUCUGUUGCUGGAUCUCCAGAAAACAAAUCGCCCCCUCGGUCAUUUGGACUGAACCAUUCUGACUCGUUAAAUCGUAGCGAGCGGAUUGAAGCCAUCACACCGUCACUGGGCAGCAGUAACCACCAGCUCAAUGCCUUCUUGCAGAUAUAUGUGCCGGACUAUUCUGUCAGAGCUUUGUCGGACGUACAGUAUAUUAAGGUAACGCGCCAGCAGUAUCAGAACGCCGUCAUGGCAUCACGCAUGGACAAGACGCCACAGUCCUCAGAGAGCGAGUACACCAAAAUCGAAAUGACUUUGACAGAGCUCCAUGACGGAGUGACAGAUGAAACUACCACUCUGUUCAACCAGACACAGAACUGCGUGGCCCACAACAAGACGAACCACACAGACCACAGCGAGGGGACCAUCUAGCCCUCAGUGGGGUGGUGGAGCGAAGCGGAUAGCAGAACCCUGGAGCUGCUCACCACCCCAAACCACUGUAAUCUGGUAGAGCAGUACUACCACGGCCUGAGCUUGGGUUGACCCAAGGAGAAAUGGGACAGUCCAGUGACCCGGUCCAGUCCCAUUCAUUCGGAUAAACCACAGCGUUUAUGUCCCCCAGACCAAAGAGUUUGGAGGAUGGACAGUUUUUCUCCAGCUACACUCAAACUGCCCCGUGAUGCUCACUAACACAAAAGAAAUACUCCAGGCAGAUGCUGUAAUAGGGUUAAUCAAAGACUGUUCCGAAUAUUGCUUUGAAGGAAACCAUGAACCAUGAACCAAGAGCAUUUUACUCACAUAUUUAUUUAUUUUGUAUGCGUUUGUACAUACGUGCAUGUCUGAGGAUAUAAUUGUCGGCACAUUGCAAACACCUGUCUGUAAAUUGUGCAUGUGUAUGUGUGUGCCUCUAUGAGUGUCACUGAUAUCAUGCACAUGCUAUAUAUACAUCACUGUAUAUGUACCGGUGAGGGUCUUUUACAUGUAUAUUUCAGAAAUGAUUAUUUUUAUUGUUCUAAAUCUGGUAUAUCCCACAGUACCUUUUACACCUUUUUAAAAAAAUGAAUCGUUAUAUUGCUUUUAAAAAAAAAUCAUAUUAAUUUUUAACAAGUGCAAUGAAACAUUUUAUUUAAAAGAUGAUUUAUCAUGAUUACUGUAUUGUAAAUUAUAGUUCUAUGUGUAUGCAUUUAUUGUAUCGCAUUUGUAUAUUUGUUCUGAGACAUUUUGGAUUCAAUUCAAAGGAUGAACAGGUCCUAUUUGUCUGCUUUAAAAUGUUAAUUCUAUCAAAGGCACAAUAACUUUACAUUUAAAGCUGAAGGCAGUCUUAUUUAAAUGAAACCAUAGACCUGUCAGGACUUUAUGCAAGGGAGAAUCGAUAUGCAUUUGUGCGAUUCCUAACUGAAUCCAGGCAGUAACAAAGUGAGUCUUUACCACAUCAUUAAAACAACUACUACAUUAAAUUGUUCUACCCAUCAUACAUCUGUGAGAAAGGUGCCAUAGUGUUUAAAUGGCUGUACUUGUGUGUAUUACCUUUAUGUAUAUAAUGUUGACUUUAUUUAUAUGAACACUGGAAACUCCUGCUAUGCAUACAUCUGUAUUUAGAAGUAUAGUAAGUUUUUUUUAAAUAAAUAGUUCACUCAAAAUGAAAAUUU